GGUUUUGCCCUGGGUAGUAAAGAUUUCGAUUCCAAUAAAUGUUACUCGGAAAGUGAAAAUGGAGGCGAUCACUGUUAUCCGCUCGGGAAUUACAGCAGUGGUAAUUAUUUUUGUUAUAUGAAAUGCAAGGGGAAAGGGUGUAAACAGACGUGCUCUACUGGAGUUGAGUUCUGUAAAAUGGAUCUGGAAUGUGAAGGUAGAGAUUGUUACCAAAACUGCGACGCUAACGAAUGUAAUCUGAACUGCAGCGGGAAAAACUGUAAACAGAAGUGUCAAGGUAAAGGAACUGUAUGUGAAAUGGAUCUAGAAUGUGACGGUGAGGAUUGUGAACAAUUCUGCGAGGCUAAAGAAUGUAAUCUGAAUUGCUCCGGGAAAAACUGUAAAAGUCAGAAGUGUGAAGGUAAAGGAAAUGUAUGCGAAAUGGAUCUAGAAUGUGACGGUCAGGAUUGUGAACAAACUUGCGAGGCUAAAAAAUGUAAUCUGAACUGUACCGGGAAAAACUGUAGAAGACAAAAGUGCCAAGCUGAAGAUAAUAUAUGUGAAAUGCAUUUAAUAUGUAACAGCCAGGAUUGUGAACAAAUCUGCGAUGCCAAAGUAUGUAACCUGACCUGCAGCGGGAGAAGAUGUAAAACACAAAGCUGCACAGAGAAAGUACAGGAGUGCAUUACGCAUUUUAACGCUAACGAUUGUACGCAGAUGUGUGACGGUCACUCCAUCACUUCAGAUUCAUACACGUCGAAUAUCGUUACAUCAAUUGGGGCCUCAACAAUUCGAGUAUUUGCCACUAAAAUUUCAACAGGAAAUGGAACAGAAGCUCACAGUAAGUACAAUAAUAGUUUGAAUACU